CUGUUUUACAACAUAAUCCACGCCUGUACAAAGCGGAAUACUAUCGUUUGUUAACCUGCAUAUAUAUUCUCGGUGACUGCAAUUUCUAGGCGAAAGAACUGGCGUUUAGUAGGAAGUGAUUGACAUGCAUGGGUAUGAGUGACGAGCAGUCAUCAAGCGGUAAUUAAGGCACAUCAAUACUGAGUUGUGCUAAAAGGGUUUUUUAUUGAUAAAGUUAGCUGCCAGAUUUUUUUUAUGCUGAGGAGAAUCUAUGAUCGCAUAUAUUAUGUAUGUUUGAAAAAGUGAAGUGUGAAAAAUUAGAUUAGACUUACAAUGGCUGUGAUGCUGAAGACGCUACUUUGUCUCUGCUCACUCACAUCAUGGAGAUGGCACAGUGGUUUAUUCGUCUAUGCACAGGAAGAUCAAGUAUCAGAAUACAUCUGGAAAACAGGUUCUUGGGGAACAUGUCAUUACAUUCACUGUGGCUAUGGUGGAACCCAAACACGGUCAGCUUGGUGUAUCCAUAGAGAUGGGAGGGACACAUUAAAAUCCAACUGUGAUGCAGCAACAAAACCCAGUAUGCAAAGAAGAUGCUUUAAAGUAUGUGAUGAACAUAGACAUUUGUUUGAAUGGGAAAUCGGAGAAUGGAACAAAUGUGAAAAGCCGCUUGAUUACCAGAUACCAUCCAAUGAAGUAUGUGGUUCCAAGUCGCUAGGAACGCAAACCAGAACUGUCAUGUGCUUGUUGAAAAGUAGGAACAUUGUAAUAGAACAGAAUGAUGCAAAUGGACUUGUUGACGAUGACUUCUGUGAGCAUUUCUCAUCCAAGCCUGCCUUGUCACAAAGUUGCCUCAUCCCGUGCCCCCAGGAAUGUAUAGUGUCGCAUUAUAGCGACUGGAGCGAAUGUACAAGAACGUGUGGGAAUGGUACACAGAUACGUACUAGACAUGUCCUUGUACCUUCAAUGUAUGGAGGAAAAGAAUGCCCUCGCUUGGCAGAGAUCAAACCGUGCAAUGAGCUUCCAACAUGUAUGGAAAAACAUCAGUAUUCAUACAAAACUAAAAUUAGCCCAUGGAGUUCGUGUGCACCUAACAUAGACUUCACGAAUAGCAGUGUUGCUAGUUUGAAUCGUCCUGUGAUUGGGUAUCAGAAACGUGAGGUGACGUGUACGCGUAGUGAUGGAAAAAGCGUCAGUAAAAAAUUAUGUUUUGAUAAUAGUAACCAUGACAAUAUUCCACUCUAUCAGUCAUGUGUUCUGGCUCAGGAUUGUAAAGUCACAGAAUGGUCUGAUUGGAAUGCUUGUUCCCAGACCUGUACACCGGAUUCUGGAACAUCCAUGGGAUACAGGAUGCGUUAUCGAGAUGUUACUUUGUUGCCAUUAGGAGAUGGAAUUCAUUGUCCACAGUUGCAUGAUGUUCAGAGUUGCACGUCUACUUCCAAUGGUGCUCUUAUUCCAUGUCCAAGAUACACGUGGCAUGUAUCAGCUUACGGAGAAUGUAGUACACGUGAUAUAAUAUCCAGACACGAAAUCAAACAUCUGAAUAUUAAUGGUACCCUGUGUGGAGGAGGUUUACAGAGAAGAGAAGUAUUCUGUACUCAAGUGAAUGAUACAGAUUAUCGUCCUGUUGAUAAUGGUUUGUGUUCACCGCCGCAGCCAUCGUAUGUACGAGAAUGCCAUGUUCCUUGUUCUAUGGACUGUCUUGUGUCACCGUGGUCAGAGUGGGGUAUGUGUUUGAUAAAUAAAUGUGCGCUAGGGGAUAAAAUUAACAAAAAAGAUAAAGGCCAUUCUAGUCGUACAAGAACAGUUGUGCAGCAUGCACAGCAUGGUGGGAGAUCCUGUCCACCACUGGUUGAAGCUAGACCAUGUGAUUCACCUAUUUGCUACUUUUGGUAUGUGGGAGAAUUCACUCGAUGUCUGCCAAUUAAAGUGGAUGAACAGUGUGGUGCUGGAGCAAUGGUCAGACCGGUGUUCUGUACAGAUAACAAUAAUAAUGAAGUUGAUGCAAGUAACUGUGUACUUGUCAGUGCUAAACCAAUGAGUGAGAAACACUGUGAAAUCCCAUGUCCUAAUGACUGUGUACUGUCCACAUGGAGUCCAUGGAAUGAGUGCUCUAAAACUUGUGAAGGAAAACAAGGUGAAAAUGGCACUCAGUCUAGAGUGAGGACGAUAUUGGCGUAUCAAGGAAAGGGUGGUAAUAUCUGUCCAGGAGAUGACAAGCUUACUGAAUAUAGAGAGUGUAAUAAAAUACCCUGCAAUGCUUUUACCUGGAGAACUAAAUCAUGGAGUGAUUGUGAAAAAGAUACAACAGUGGGUAGCAAUGUAACGCUCACCCAUGGCAAUUGCUUUGCUGGACGCAUGACAAGAAAUGUCUACUGUAGUAAGGCUGAAAAUGACAAAGAAAUGCCAGAAAGAAAGUGUAUGGAAAGUCAGAAGCCAGUGUCUUCUAUGCAGUGUGAAAUUCCAUGUGCUAAGGAUUGUGUGACUACAGCAUUCAGUGAUUGGACGCCGUGUUCUACAACCUGUAUACCUGGUGAAAAAUUAAUAACCAGUCAGGAACGCCAGAGAUACGUCUUAGAAUACGGCACAUCGGGAGACUGUCCAGAUACUCUCCAUGAGAAGAGAGAAUGUGAUAAUUCUCCACAGUGUUAUAGUUAUGAUUGGAUGGUGUUGCCAUGGCAAGAUUGUAUCUUGCCAGAUGAUGGGAAUGGAGUCAAGUGUGGUGAUGGAUUACAGAGUAGAGAUGUAAGCUGUCUAAGAGAAGAUGGUGAACCAGUAGACAUUAAAUUCUGUCUGAAAUACGCCGAUACUAUGCCAAACAAUACACAGUCCUGUCGGGUGUAUUGCAUUAAUGACUGUGAAUUAAACAAUUGGUCCAAAUUUGGGAAAUGCUCUAAAGACUGCAUUGGACAAAGAUCACGGAAAAGAAGACUUUCUCGUAAAAGCCGUCAUAACACUGAAUGUCAAAACACUGAUCUGUAUCCGCUGUUAGACUCUGAGAUGUGUACCUGUCCACCACCAGGAAUCAUAACACCCAUUGGUAACUGGUCAGACUGCUUUGUUAAGAAAACAAAGGAUAAAUUAGGUAGAGAUAAACCAUUAGAAGAGGAGUGUGGUGAAGGUUUGAAAUUUAAAAGAGUUAUCUGCCUGGAUCAGAAUGGAAAGAUUGUUCCCAACUCAGUGUGUGGAUUAAAAGAAGAUUUCAUGGAAGCUUUUUGUGACUUGCCGUGCCCGUCGGAUUGCAAACUGAGUCCGUGGUCUGAGUGGAGCACGUGCAGUAAAACGUGUGGUACUGGGAUGAAGACACGGUCACGAUAUCUGAAGGAGAGAGAACACAAUAAUGGAAGACAAUGCCCGUACAUAAAUGAAAAUAAUGAUAUUGUACAAGAGGUUCCAUGUCAUACAGACUGUAGUCAUUAUGUGUGGGUAGCUGAGCCAUGGUUAGAAUGUGAUGUAUAUACCUACAAAGGGGAGUUAUGCGGUGCUGGGUGGCAACGUAGAGAAGUUCAGUGUAUGUCACGGUUACCAGGAAAGCAAGAUGCAAUAGUUGACCCUAUGUACUGUGAUAAGCUUGUCCAACCAGAAGGAGCCAGAGUUCCGUGCGUACAGCCAUGCCCUGGAGACUGUGUUGUCAGUGAUUGGUCCGAAUGGUCGCAAUGUGAUCAUCCUUGCAGCAAAGAGGCCUUGAGACAUCGGCAUAGAUUCAUAGAACGCCAUCCUAGCCUAGAUGGUGGUAUCUGUCCUGUUCUAAAUGAAACUCAGGGAUGCUCAGAUACUGUUUGUUUUGACUAUGAAUGGAGUGUGUCAGCUUGGAGUACGUGUCAAUUAAACGAUAAUGCAGUGUGUGGCAAGGGAAAGAAAAACAGGUUUUUGGAAUGCAUACGGACAAAUGAUGGUAGCAGUGUUUCUCUAGAUUACUGUGCACAGUUUUCAUUGAACUAUAAACCCAACCCAUUGUCAGCCAUUUGUCAUAUUGAAUGUCCGCUGGAUUGUCAGAUGUCGCAGUGGACUGAAUGGAGUCAAUGUACACAUACAUGUGGAUAUGAAGGUUUGAUAACAAGGAGUCGACAUAUAGUGAAAGAACCCAACACUUUUGGCAGAAUGUGUCCUACUAGCCUCGUCCAAUAUAAGCCAUGUGCCUUGCCACCUUGCUAUCACUGGGUCAUUGAUGAAUGGAAAUAUUGUGAAACAUCAGUUGGGGAUUGUGGUCAUGGGAACAGACGCCGCAAUGUAACAUGUCAACAAGCAGAUGGAGUGGAAGUUGACGAUUUUAAUUGCUAUGGCAAUGAUGAAUACCAUAGCAACAAAAUGGUGAUGCGAGAGGAUUUUGAAAGAAUGCAGACACAGCAGGUUUGUACUACACCAUGUCCAGGUGAAUGUGACAUGUCUCCGUGGUCUGAUUGGAGUCCAUGUCUCCAUACAUGCAUAGAAGGCAACAAAUUAAGUGAUAUAGAUCCUAUACAAGUGAGAUCUAAAGCGGCCAUAUCAAGCCCCUCUAUUGGUGUGUGUCAUACAGAUAUAUAUGAAACUAGAGUAUGUCAUGGUCAAGGUGAAUGUUUUGAAUAUCAUUGGCAUGCAAGUGAUUGGACAGACGAUGGAUUUCGUAAUGUUUGGUGUCAGAGGUCAGAUGGAUUGAAUGUUACUGGUGGCUGUCUGGAUUCUUUAAUGCCGUCAUCUGAGCGCAAAUGUCAUCCUGAAUGCACAGUGGAACAUUCCUUUUGUACUGAAGGGGGUGUCUGCGCCUGUGAUGAGGGGUUUGCUGGUGCUAUUAGCUCGCUUGGAUUCUUGGAAGUCUGUUUACUACUAGAUAAUCGAGUUCUUGAAGUUGAAUACAGCACAGUAAUGUACACUGAUGAAGACAAUGAGGCUGAUAAAUCAAAGUAUGCAACAAACUCCAGUCAAGACUUUCCUCAAAUGUGGUUGUAUGGUGCUAUAGCUGCAGGUGUUUUAUUUCUAGUACUUAUAAUUGUUAUAACAUACAUCGCAUGCAAAAUAACAAGGAGGAAAAAUGCUGAACGCAGAUUACAGAAAGACAAGGACAGGUACUGGGAUGUGAAUGCCAAGAAAAGAUACAACGCCGAUAUAGAUGUUUGA